GGAGACGUGGCUCUGUACUGCUGCCAUAUUGACGCUAGCUAGCUAACAAUCAUACAACUUGAAGUCAGCUGCACAUUCGCACCUUGUUAUUCCAGAGUGACUCGAAACCCCCCUAAGCAGGAAACACGAGACACUGAAGAUCGUCGUACCAUAGAGAGAGACCAAAAUGGUGCUGUUGGCAGCGGCGGUGUGCACCAAGGCCGGAAAGGCCAUUGUAUCGCGGCAGUUUGUGGAAAUGACCCGGACGCGUAUCGAGGGUCUCCUGGCUGCAUUUCCUAAACUGAUGAACACGGGGAAGCAGCACACCUUUGUCGAAACAGACAGUGUUCGCUAUGUGUACCAGCCCCUUGAGAAACUCUACAUGGUCCUCAUCACCACCAAGAACAGCAACAUCCUGGAGGACCUGGAGACACUCAGACUCUUCUCCCGUGUGAUCCCAGAGUACUGUCGUGUGCUGGAGGAGAGCGAGAUAUCGGAGCACUGUUUUGACCUGAUCUUCGCCUUCGACGAGAUCGUGGCGUUAGGCUACAGGGAGAACGUCAACCUGGCUCAGAUCCGCACCUUCACAGAGAUGGACUCUCACGAGGAGAAGGUUUUCCGCGCUGUCAGAGAGACUCAGGAAAGAGAGGCCAAGGCAGAGAUGAGGAGGAAAGCCAAGGAGCUGCAGCAGGCUAGGAGGGACGCUGAGCGCUCUGGAAAGAAGGUGCCAGCUUUCGGCGGCUUCGGCAGCGCGGGCAUGACCAGCGUCUCCUCGGGGUCCAUCAUCACAGACACCAUCGUCGAGCCAGAGAAACCCAAGAUCACACCCGCUGCAGUCAGACCCAGUGGACCCAGUAAGGCUCUGAAACUGGGCGCUAAAGGGAAAGAGGUGGACAACUUUGUCGACAAGCUCAAGUCUGAGGGUGAAACCAUCAUGCCCUCCACAGGAAAGAGAGGCUCAGAUGUUUCAAAGGCUCUGCCACCACCAGUCAACGUGGAGAGUGUACAUCUGCGUGUGGAGGAGAAGAUCUCGCUGACCUGCGGUCGUGACGGCGGCCUACAGAACAUGGAGGUGCUGGGCAUGGUGACGCUCCGAGUCACGGACGACAAGAACGGACGCAUUCGCCUCAUUAUCAACAACAAUGACAACAAAGGACUGCAGCUGCAAACACAUCCCAACGUGGACAAGAAGUUGUUCACAGCGGAGUCGGUGAUCGGCCUGAAGAAUCCAGAGAAGUCGUUCCCUCUCAACAACGAUGUCGGUGUGCUGAAGUGGAGACUACAGACCACAGACGAGUCCCUCAUACCUAUAACCAUAAACUGCUGGCCUUCAGAGAGCGGCACCGGCUGUGAUGUCAACAUUGAAUACGAGCUGCAGGAAGAGAGUCUCGAGCUCAACGAUGUGGUCAUCAGCAUCCCUGUACCAUCCGGGGUGGGAGCUCCUGUGAUCGGAGAUCUGGACGGAGAGUACAAACACGACAGCAGGCGAAACGUCCUGGAGUGGUGCCUACCGGUCAUCGAUGCCAACAACAAGACCGGGAGCCUGGAGUUCAGCAUCGCCGGACAGCCCAACGACUUCUUCCCCAUCAAUGUGUCCUUUGUGUCCAAGCGCAACUACUGCGACAUCCAGGUUACCAAAGUGACUCACGUAGACGGCGACAGCUCCGUUAGAUUCUCUUCAGAAAUCUCCUUCCUGGUCGACAAAUAUGAAAUCCUGUAAAAACAAAAAAAAAAGAAAAGAAAAAAGAAAAAAAUAUUUGAGAAAACGACAAAAUUUAAAAGAAAAAUCACCAACAAAAAAAAAAAAGUCCAAAUCUAUGCUACAGAGAAAGAUUGAAGAUUUCUUGCCUGCCCACCCUGUAUACUACUUCAGAGACUGUACAUCGACAGGACUGCGUCAGCCCUCUGACGAAGCCUCUUCCUGUGGUGGAGCAGAGCAGCGGUGGUGUAUUUAUAUGUUUGUAUGAGAGAGGAUCAUCUAUAUAUAGAGUUAAUUGAACAGGUUAAACAAAAAAACAAAAAAAAACAAACCCACACAAAAAGAAAACUACGCUGAUGCUGUUGUGUUCGCCAAGAAGAGCUGUAAAGAACUUCAGACACAGUAGAGGAUGACUGCAGGUGGUGGGGGGGGGAGGGGCCACGAGAGGCCGGCAUCCAUCUCUUCAUCAGUAAAACCCUGCCAGGUGGGAGAGAGGGAGAACAGGGACCUGAGGGGCCGCUGUGUCAGUCUCCACUAAGAAUGAGCGCCGCUAGUUUAGCAUCCUCCACAAACUGUCUCCUUCACACUCACAAUGGUUCGUCGAUUCUUGAAUGGGGUUCUUGCUUUUUCUUUCUUCUUCAGAUUUUCUUAUCCAUAAUAACAGCAUUGUAGCUGUCUCAAUCAUUAUAAGCCUGUCGCUCUUUAAUCGUUAAACUGUUGUGAUUUUGCUCUAUUGAUAUCUCACUUCAGAUGAUUGUUUUUUUUGUUUAUUUUUUUCUUUCUUGUGAGAACACUGAUUUAUUUUAUUUUUUUUUUUCAGUUUUUGUAGAAGUAACACAUUGGUUCUUCGCUGAAAAGCAAAAAUUAUGGCUCCUUGCUAAACAUAUUGUCUGUACUGUCUGCGGUUAUCAUCAGCAACAUUGUCCUUUUUAUUUUUAACUUUGGUAUUUUUUACUGUUCUGUGCUGUAUAAUUUGUCAUUGUUUACCACUAAUCUGGAUAUUGAAAUUUGACAGUGAAGAGCAGGACUUUGUAAGUGAUUCUCAGCUGCAGGGCAAAGUUAACCACCAGUAAAAACAUUUGACUUUU